AUGCGGAAGUCGUUGGCGCCUGUCGUGCAGUCACAUAUGGCUGCUAGGCUUGGAUGGCCGGUGGUUGCUUAUCGCGCUAGCAAGGCCGCCGUCAACGCAUACACGAUUGCGCUGUCUCAAGAGCUCCAGUCUGAGGGAUUCAGGGUAAACACAACAGCCCCAGGCUUAGUGUCAACUAAGAUAAAUGACUUUUCAGAGGAGGGUAAGUCUCUGAAGGAAGGUGCGCUCUCUUUGCAGCGCUUUACACUGCUGGAUAAGGAUGGUCCGACUGGAAAAUUUCUCGACUGGGAGGAGAAAGAGAUGCCUUGGUAG